AUGGCAAGCUCUGAAAAGACUUCGGUACAAGUAGCCUUACGAAUACGACCGUUAACCGAUCAAGAUCAGAAAACGUUACCACCAAGGUUUCAACGACAAGUCUUAUCUGCAUCACCACAUGCUCCAAAUCAAGUUAUUGUAUCCGGUGAAAAGAAACAAUUUUAUUCUUUUGAUCAUGUAUUCAGUCCGGAAACUUUACAGAAUGAAGUUUAUGAAAAAGCUGUAUUAAAAUUGAUUGAUAAAUUUAUAGAAGGAUACAACGUAACAAUUUUAGCAUAUGGUCAAACUUCUUCAGGCAAGACUUAUACUAUGGGCACGUCAGACUCAUCCAAGAUUCCUGCUGAUCAGAAAGGAAUAGUUCCUCGAGCAAUGCAAACCUUAUUUGACAUUAUAAAUUCCACACAAUAUAAAUCUCGUAAACUUCAGAUUAAAGUUUCAUUUAUUGAAAUUUAUAAUGAAGAUUUAAUUGAUUUACUUGGUGAAGGUGAAGGUGAAAGUAGACCUCAGGUUACUAUAAGAGAAGAUUCUAAAGGUCAUAUUUUAUGGAGUGGAUUACAAGAAAUUAAAGUUAAUUCGGUCGAUGAGGUUAUGGGAUAUUUGUCACGAGGUUCGUUGAAUCGUCAAGUUGGUGCAACAGAUAUGAAUCAGAAAUCUUCUAGAUCACAUGCAAUAUUCUCCGUAACGUUGAUUCAACAUAAAUUUGUGUCGGGUACUGGAGGUGGUAGUAGGUCAAUGACACCGGAGAUACCUGAAUUGAAAACUGGAAUUAGACCUCCGUCACGAUCGAGCUCUAGGUUGAGUAAUAAAAGAUCUGAUGAUGGUAGUGGUGAAUGGAUUUCUGUUACUAGUAAAUUCCAUUUUGUGGAUUUGGCUGGUAGUGAGAGGCUAAAAAAGACCGGAACUGUAGGAGAUCGUGUUAAAGAAGGAAUAUCUAUUAAUUCUGGUCUUUUAGCUUUAGGAAAUGUUAUUUCUGCUCUUGGUGACCCUAGCAAGGCUAAACACACAACACAUAUUCCUUACCGAGAUUCAAAGCUAACACGUUUAUUACAGGAUUCUCUUGGUGGAAAUGCUCAAACAUUAAUGAUUGCUUGUGUAUCAGGAGCGGAAUACAAUCUUGAUGAAACUGUUAACACUCUUAAAUAUGCAAAUAGAGCUCGUAAUAUUAAAAAUACUGCUGUUGUAAAUCAAGAAGAGGCCGGUUGGAAUGAUAUAGAACACUUGCAAUCUUUAGUGGCUAAAUUAAGAAAUGAAAUUAAAGCUCUUAGAGCUGCUGAUGCUUUAGCAAAUGGAAGUUUUGGAGGUAAUAGUACGCCCGCUUCCGGGAGAUCUACUCCGUUGGGUAUAAGCGGACGAGAAACUCCAAGUUAUCAAAGUCAUCUAAAACGACCUUCAACUCCACUUUCAAUAAAUAUGGCUCUGGGUAAUGCUAAUCCAAAUCAUAAAGACGUUGAAGUACUUGAAGAACAACUCUCACAACUUCAACGAUCUUAUGCGGAUUUAACACAAAAAUAUGCUAAAAUUUCUGCUGAACUUGCCUUACAUCAAGAUAAUUCUGAUGAUGUGGGGACAACUCCAUCAAAAUCUUCUUCAGUUAAAAUACAACAGGAUGACAUUAAAUCAAAACCAUCAAUGAAACCCAUAAAAGAAGAACUUUUUUCUGCAAGUUUUCAGGAAGCUGUUGAACCCGUAAUCGAAGAAUACGAAAAGUCAAUAUCUGCUCUUGAAAGUAAACUUGCACUUACACGAGCUGCAUUAUCACAUUCUGAAACAACGAUGCAAGAGCAGGAACAAAAAUUAAUUUAUGCUGAACAAGCUAAUGAACAAAAUAAAAAUUUGAUAAAUGAUUUAAAAAAUAAAGUUGCUAGAUUUAACGAACGUGAAUCUACCACCGAACAUUAUAUUAAAGAUCUGGAAUCUAAACUUGAAGCUCAAUCUACAGAACAACAAAAAGAUCAAGAUUUAAUAAAUGAAUUGAAGAACAAAAUCACUCAAUUAAAAUCAAAUGGUGAUAAUAGUGAAGGUUAUAUUCAAAGUUUAGAAUCUCGUUUAGCUGUAAGUGAGGAACAAUUAAGCAAAUUUCGUCAAAAUGUUGGAAACCUCGAAAUACGUCUCCAGGAUCGUGAAGCUGCUUAUCAAGAUUUAGAGAAUCGUAUGAAACUUAUGGAAGUUGAUGAUAAGAAAAUAUUAAUAAAUGAAAUUGAUGAUCGUGAUAAAAGAAUCUCUCAACUUGAACAAAAAGUUGAUUUACUCAUGAAAGAAUUAGAUAGAUUACGAGAAUUUUCUAAUUCUGAUGAAAUUGAUAUUCAUGAACGUUCUGUUUCAGAAUUUUCCACAAAUUCUAAUUAUAGUUUAUCAACAUCACAAUCUAUUACUCCUCUUGGUGAGCAUGAACGAAUGAACAUUUCAGCUUUGGAAAUAAAACUUUCUGAAUUACAAAAAACUCACGAAGAUACUGUGAAAGAAUUUAAUGAAAUGAAGGAUAAAUAUCAAUCGUGUGUUGCCGAAAUAGAUGACCUUCGUGUGCAAUUAACAGAAGCUAGAUUAAUUAAUUCUGAAAUAGAUGAUAAUUUCAAAUCAACUCCGUCAACACCUAUUACACCUAUGUCCCCUAUGAGUACGAAUAGUGUUAAUUCUUUUAGAUUUUCACUUCCACAAACGACACGUUCUAAUGAAUUUAGUAAAGAAGCUCUUUAUAAAACUCUUGAUGCUUCUAAACGUACUUUUCAUCACAGAAAAGCCAGAUCACUUUCUGCAGAAAUUAAAGGUUCUGAAAAACGUGAUCUGGUUCAUCUUGCUAUUAUGCAAAAAUUAAAUAAUGAACUUAAACAACUUUCUUCACUUAAUGAAGAUAAAGAUCAUGGUUUAGUUUCUAUUAAACAAGAAUUUGCUCGGUUGGAAAUGUGUUAUCGUGAAACUCUUGAACUUGUUGAAGAGUUACGUGAAGAGAUCAAAAGACGUGAUGCGUUGGCACAAUUAGAAGUUAUGUCUGUGAUAACUUCAGAUCACUCUAAUACAGAAGGUUAUACUCCUUCAAACAUUAGUGAAAUUGAUAAACUUGAUAUUGUUCAACGACUUCGUGAAGAAGUUGAACAACUUAAGGAAGAACAAAGAUUAGAAAUGGAACAUCUUUCAGAAUAUAAAAAAAAUAAAGGGAAUGUUGACGAAGUAUCUCUUGAAGGUUCACGACCAGGUGAAAAUGCAGAUGCUUCGAAAUCGGAGAAUGAAAAUGAUGAACUUUUGGCACACCGACGACAGAUUGAAAAACUUCAAGUUGAAAUUGAAUCGAAAAGUCAUACCAUUGCUGCACUUUUACUUCCAAAUGAAUAUCAAAAUACUAUUCGUCGUCUUGAAGACGAACUUCAAGAAGUUAAAGAAGCUCAUCGUAUAGCAAUGAAAGAAAAAUAUGGCAAAUCGAGUAUCACAUCUGAGACCGUUGAAGAAGAUGUUAAUCGAUCUAUUACUCAUAAUGAUGCGACAUCAUCUGAUAAGCUUGAACAAAAUGUUGACGAAAAUGUUAGGGAAUUAGAAGAUAAAGUUAAAGAAUUGGAAGUUCAACUAACAAAAGCAAAAGAAGCCCAACAACAUAUUCCAACACCAAUGAAUUCUUUACUUACAAUGAUUGACCCUGCACAUAAAACUUUAAAUGCUCUUCAAACAAAACUUUCGGACCUGCAACGUGAUCUUGUUAGUAAAUCUAAUAAUGGUCAAGAUUUAAAAGCUGAACAAGAAUUGGUUUCUUCUAUACAAGGUCAAUUAGAAAUACUCAUUACUGACAUUAAACGAAAGUACGAACUUAUAGAUAAUUUGAAACGAGAUUUGGUUGAUAAGGGUACGAUGCAACAAAAAUUGAAAGAAAAAGAAGUAGAAGUUUCAGAACUUAAAGUUCACUUAAUACAAUUAGAAGAACAUAAUAAAAAUCUUUCAAGGGAAAUUGAAGAACUUCAAACUCGAAUACUUAGUAAUGAUCCUAGUAAUAAUUCAGGAGAACUUUUACAAGAACUUAAAGAUGCAAAAGAAAAAGAAUCUCUCGCACAAAAUCGGUUAAAAGCUUUAAAGUCCGAAGAAGAAAAUCUUCGUAAUGAAAUAAAAAGUAUGCGAAAGAUUGAAAUUGCUCAACGCGAAAAAAUUACUGCUUUAGAAACUCGUUUAAUUGAAAAUGGUUGUAUUAUUGAUGAAAACCUCAUUAAAUUAAGAACAGAAUUAGCAUUGACUAAAGAAGCUGAAAUUGUUAAUAAUCGAACUAUAAUGGAUAUUGAGACUAAAUUAAACGGUUCAAUAUCAGAUACUGAUGUUUCAGAGGAUUCUGAUUCACUAACUGAUAUGAAGAACAAACUUGCAGAAUCAAAGUCCGCUGGUUCACAUCUUCGUAAAACUAUUCAAGAGUUAGAGACUAAACUUUUAACAGCAGAAAAGGAAUCAAGUAAUUUACAAAGUCCUGCUAUUGACAAUAAAAUGGUAGAAGACCUUACCGAUCAAUUAAAGAGUGUUCAAAUCGAAUCAUUAACUUAUAAAGAACGUGUCCAAGAACUUGAAAAUACAACACAACAACUUCGAUCAAGUAACGAAGAGUAUUUGAAAAUAAAAAAUGAACUUAAUAAUCAAAUUGAACAAUUACAAGGAAAACUUGAAUCACUUGUAGAAGAAUCUAAUAAUGUUGCUAUUGAUAGUAAAAUGAUUGAGGACCUUACCGAUCAAUUAAAGAGUGUUCAAAGCGAAUCAUUGGCUUAUAAAGAACGUGUCCAAGAACUUGAAAAUGCAGCACAACAACUUCGAUCAAGUAAUGAGGAUUAUUUGAUAAUAAAAAGUGAACUUAAUAACCAAGUUGAACGAUUACAAAAAGAACUUGAAUCACUUGCAGAAGAAUUUGCUGAAGCUGCUAUCAAAUAUGAGGAUUCUGAAGCUACAUUACAAGAGCAAAAGAAUCGUAUUGUUCAUUUGGAAGAAACCCUUGAAACAUUUAAAAAUCAAAAAGGUAAUUCGGAUUCUGGUCUUGCACAACUGGCUGCAGAGAAUGAAACUUUAAGGCAUACAAAUGACAAUUUGAACACCAAGAUUUCUGAAGCGGAGGAUCGUAUAUUAUCAUUGAAUGAGAGAAUAACAACUUUACAACGUGAACUCGAGAACGCAAAGUCUCCAAAUAAUGAUCAGAAUAUAGAAUCCGUUAAGACGUUAAAAGAAAAGAUCCAUGAACUUGAAAUGGAAAAACAAGUAUUAGAAGAAGCAAACGCGACAUUUUUGGAAGAUCAUAAAAAACUUGAUCAAAAGAUAGAAUCUUUAACGCAACAACUUACGUCAGCGGGUAAAAGUGGAAAUAAGACUGCAGCUCAUCUCGCAGAUCUUAACGGAAAGAUUUCUACUUUAGAAAAUGAAAUAGAUCAAGCGAGACAAAAAUCACGAGAAGAUAUUGCAAUAAAGGAAAAGGAAAUGAUGAGACUAUUAGAAAUAAAUGAACAAUUAAUGCAAGGAAAAAGUGAUGCAGCAUUGAGAUCUCCUAAAUCUCCAAAAUCUCCAAAGUCUCCAAAUGAUACAGAUUCGUUAGAUUCAGGAUAUGUAUCCGGAAGUACACGCACAUUAAAUAAUACAGACAAUGUUCUUCAAAAUAAAUUUAUACACCAAGAAAAUACAAUUACUCAACAAAAUAAUCUUAUCAAGACUCUUCAAGACAAAAUCAACGAACUCGAACGACGAUCACCUAGUCUUGGAAGACCUGUUUCAGCAGAACUUGAUGCUGUGGGAGGAGAUUCUAAAAAGAAUUCGAUACGAUAUUCAGAUCUCAAAACUCCACCGGCUCCGCCACCAACUCAACCACUGCCUUUACCACCAACUAGUCCUUCACCACCUCCUCGAGUUUCACAAGAUCUAACUUUGGAAGUUCAAAAACUUAAUAAGAAAAUCGCGACAAUUGAAGGAGAAAAUCUUCAAAAUUGUCAACUCAUUGAAACUCUUGAAGAAUCCCUUAAUGAUACAGAGAAAAACCUCCAAAUUGCUAGGCAAGAGUUGCAGGUAUUACAGCAUGAAAAAUUGGAUCUUGUAGGUCAAGUAAAGAAUUUGAAAAAUCAAUUAGAAGAUGCAACUAUACAAUUUGAAAAAACAAGAUCAACUGUUCAACAAGAAAAAGAAGCUAUCGAAGCAACAUUGGAAAAAGAAAAACGUGCAAAACAAAUGGCAGAAAGAGCGAAAUUGCAACUGGAAUCUCAGAUGGAACAACUUAUGGCAAAGAAAAGCAAGUUUAUGUGCUUCUAA